UUCAAUGCAUAUCACUUCACAACUAUCCCUCCAACACACACCUUAGCAAUUAAGGAUUCUCUUCCAAAUAGGAAAUGGCUUCUUCCACUAGACAAAAGCAGUACAUAUUAGCUCUCUUCCUUCUUCUUGCAGUUGGGAUUUCCCGGGUAAUCUCCCGCGAGCUGCACGAGACCGAGACAUCCUUAAUAGAAAGACACGAGCAAUGGAUGGCAAAAUAUGACAAAGUGUAUAAGGAUGCGGCUGAGAAGGAAAAACGUUUCUUGAUAUUCAAGGACAAUGUGGAGUUCAUUGAAUCAUUCAAUGCUGCUGGAAACAAACCUUACAAGCUCGGCGUUAAUCACCUUGCUGAUUUAACAAUUGAGGAGUUCAAGGCUUCGCGUAACGGAUUGAAGAGGUCCUAUGACUAUGAGGUUGGGACAACAUCAUUUAAGUAUGAAAAUGUGACUGCUAUUCCUGCAAGUGUAGACUGGAGGAAAAAAGGAGCUGUUACUCCAAUCAAGGACCAAGGUCAAUGUGGGAGUUGCUGGGCAUUUUCAACCGUGGCCGCAACCGAGGGUAUCCACAAAAUCUCUACUGGAAAGUUGGUCUCUCUAUCAGAACAAGAGCUAGUGGAUUGUGACAGAAAAGGUACAGACCAAGGCUGUGAAGGAGGAUACAUGGAAGAUGGCUUUGAGUUCAUUAUAAAAAAUGGUGGAAUUACCACUGAGGCUAAUUACCCCUAUAAGGCAGUUGAUGGGAGUUGUAAAAAUGCAACUGCACCUGCAGCUCAAAUUAAAGGGUAUGAGAAAGUCCCAGUUAAUAGCGAGAAGGCACUCUUGAAAGCGGUUGCUAACCAACCUGUGUCAGUUUCAAUUGAUGCAGCUGAUGGAAGUUUCAUGUUUUACUCAAGUGGGAUAUUUACAGGAGAAUGUGGAACUGAGCUAGACCAUGGUGUUACAGCAGUUGGUUAUGGAAGAGCUAAUGGUACUGAUUAUUGGAUAGUGAAGAAUUCAUGGGGUACAGUGUGGGGUGAGCAAGGAUACAUAAGGAUGCAGCGAGGCAUAGCUGCAAAGGAAGGUUUAUGUGGAAUUGCUAUGGAUUCCUCUUAUCCAACUGCUUAAAUGGUUUAAUUAAUAUGUAUAUACUCUAUGUUUUGUGUUUCAGUUAAGCUUUUCUUUAAUUUGAACUCAUGGCUAUAUGCCUAUAUGUAAACUUUUUAUGCCUAUAUGGCAUAUGUAAACUUAAGUAGCAAAGGAAAAAGAAACAAAACCAUACGCUUUCUAUAGUAUUUUCCCUA